UUUCUAUUUAUAUCAAGGUUUUAUGGUCUUCUUCUCCUUGACUUCUCUCCAUAACCUUCAUCUGGAUCGUUGAUCUCUCUUUCUCUUCAGAUUUCCCUUACUUAUGGAUGAAAGCUGGGCUGAGGGAAAGGGGACCUUGAAUUACAAGGUGGAGGAUGAGUAUGAAGAAGAGGAGGAGGAAGAGGUAAGUGAAACGGGUUUUGGAGAAGAUAGAAGGAAGAAGAGGGUGGUUACUGAUCUUUACAGCAAGAAAGGGUCUAAAGCUGGUUGUUCAGUGCCACCUUCUUGUCAAGUGGAUAAUUGUAAUGCUGAUCUAAGCGAUGCUAAGCAGUACCACAAGCGGCACAAGGUAUGUGAGUAUCAUGCCAAGGCUACUGCAGUACUCAUCGCAGAGCAGCAGCAAAGGUUUUGCCAGCAAUGUAGCAGGUUCCAUGAGUUAUCAGAAUUUGAUGACUCAAAAAGGAGUUGCAGAAGGCGUUUAGCUGGACAUAACGAGAGGCGUCGCAAAAAUGCAUCUGAAUAUCAUGGAGAAGGAUUUCAUGGAUGAGAUGGACAACCACAAGCAUUGAGGCAAUCAUAAUAUAUCAAUAACAAGGACAAAAGUCUUAAUUUGGUGGACAUGCCAAGCAGGAAAUGACUGAAAUAAAGUCUCCCAUGCAUCCUUCAUACUCAAAUUGAUGUUAUUGAUCUCUGAGGAAGCUCUCUCUCUUCUGUCAUUCUUUUCCUGUAUAUAUCUAUAUAUGCUAAGAUUGCUGGAAUGAGUUAUAUCUAUGACAAUAUUUUCACCUGAAAUCAUCAUAAAUCUUGCUUAACUACAUGACCUUUGGAAGUUUCUAUGUUUCUUUUGCAUACUAGUUCAAUUUAUUAGCAUAGCUUCUCUAAUAUCUUGAAGGGAU